AUGAUGCCACCCGGUCAGCCUUCAGCUUUGGUCAAGGAGCUCUGCCGGACAGGCCUGCCGGUCUGCGACAUCGACCAGACCUUCUCGGUUGGAUACUCCUUGCUGCACCGGCACGCUGACGCGCAGCAAGUGCGGUAUUUGUUGCAGAACCGAGAGGCCUGCUACGCGGAAGUCGGGGUCCCGGACCGGGAUGAGGUGAAGAAAUUUUUCAACGGCAUCCUCAUGGGCGGUGGCAGUGAGCACUGCGAGCGCUUCAUGCUGCGCUACAAGCUCGAACAUCUCCCCCGCUUUGUGUUCAUCCUGAGACAGGAGAUGUGCAAGUUGGCGGCCCGUGACGCACAGGCCUACCCGGAGCUUGCGCAGGAGCUGAGCAAGGACGGUGGAAAUUGGAGGAGCCGGCUGCUGGAGCUGCUGCACGAGCUGCGGGAGCGGGAGGUGACGGACAUGAUGGCGCGCUGGUGCCAAGGUCUGCGGCUGGGAGUAUGA